UCUCAAGCUUUGCACGUAAAGUUUGGACUAGCUGCCCCGGAAGAUCACCUGACUGUGACUUGAGGGGUGUGAGAGAGAGAGGGUGGGGAGAGAGCUUGAGGAGAGCGUGCUUGAGCCUGGGAGGAAUUGGGCCAUGCCCCAGGACUUGAGCCAUCUCUGGCACAAAAGGAGUUAAUGGCAGGGACCGCGCCCCCCCGUGUCCGGGCACGCGCAGCGCGCCCCCUCUGUGCGCGGGCACAGCAGCCAGGCUGCCGGAGAGCAGAUCUCGGGGAUUCGGGUGCGGAGCCCUUGGCCUGGAGGCGAUAUGGGUGGUCCGUGGCCCGGUUCAGUCGCUCGCAACAGCCCGGGGAACAGGCCUGUCUGGCCCUGAGGGAGUCCCCUUUCUGAAGCUGUGGUGCUCGGAAGACCUGCUCUCUACGUUGCCGGGCACCUGUAGGUGUCCCUCGAGAGCUCAGUUUUGAGGUUCAAGUCAGUGUGGCCAUGAAGGGGCUGCCUAUUGGGCUGAUGCUGUGACCCCGGAGUCUGCCUUUCCUGCCAGUCCCCCGGCCCGGAACAUGUGGCUGCGGCUUGGCCUGCCCUCGCUGUCCCUGAGCCCCAAGCCCACAGUUGGCCGGAGCCUGUGCCUCACCCUGUGGUUCCUGAGCUUGGUGCUGAGGGCCAGUACCCAGGCCCCAGCACCCACAGUCAAUACUCACUUUGGGAAGCUAAGGGGUGCCCGGGUACCAUUGCCCAGUGAGAUCCUGGGGCCUGUGGACCAAUACCUUGGGGUGCCCUACGCAGCCCCCCCCAUCGGCGAAAAACGUUUCCUGCCCCCUGAACCACCCCCAUCGUGGUCGGGCAUCCGGAACGCCACACACUUUCCCCCAGUGUGCCCCCAGAACAUCCACACAGCUGUGCCCGAAGUCAUGCUCCCUGUCUGGUUCACGGCCAACUUGGAUAUCGUCGCUACUUACAUUCAGGAGCCCAACGAAGACUGCCUCUACCUGAACGUCUAUGUGCCCACGGAGGAUGUAAAGCGGAUUUCCAAGGAAUGCGCCCGAAAGCCCAACAAGAAAAUUUGUAGGAAAGGAGGAUCCGGCGCUAAGAAACAGGGCGAGGACUUAGCGGAUAAUGACGGGGAUGAAGAUGAAGACAUCCGGGACAGUGGCGCUAAGCCUGUCAUGGUCUACAUCCAUGGAGGCUCUUACAUGGAAGGGACAGGCAACAUGAUUGACGGCAGCGUCCUGGCCAGUUAUGGCAACGUCAUCGUCAUCACCCUCAACUAUCGGGUUGGAGUGCUAGGUUUCCUGAGCACUGGCGAUCAGGCCGCCAAGGGCAACUAUGGGCUCCUUGACCAAAUCCAGGCCCUCCGCUGGGUGAGCGAGAAUAUCGCCUUCUUCGGUGGUGAUCCCCGCCGUAUCACCGUCUUUGGCUCGGGCAUUGGCGCGUCCUGUGUCAGCCUCCUCACGCUGUCGCAUCACUCUGAGGGGCUUUUCCAGAGGGCCAUCAUCCAAAGUGGUUCUGCUCUGUCCAGCUGGGCUGUGAACUACCAACCAGUGAAGUACACCAGCCUGCUGGCAGACAAGGUAGGCUGUAACGUGCUAGACACCGUCGACAUGGUGGACUGUCUUCGGCAAAAGAGUGCCAAGGAGCUGGUAGAGCAGGACAUCCAGCCUGCCCGCUACCAUGUGGCCUUUGGCCCCGUGAUUGACGGUGAUGUCAUUCCUGAUGACCCGGAGAUUCUCAUGGAACAGGGCGAGUUCCUCAACUAUGACAUCAUGCUAGGCGUCAACCAGGGUGAGGGGCUCAAGUUUGUGGAAGGGGUGGUGGACCCUGAAGAUGGUGUCUCUGGCACUGACUUUGACUACUCAGUCUCCAACUUUGUGGACAAUCUGUAUGGCUAUCCUGAGGGUAAGGACACCCUGCGGGAGACCAUCAAGUUCAUGUACACAGACUGGGCAGACCGUGACAAUCCUGAGACCCGCCGUAAAACACUGGUGGCACUCUUCACUGACCACCAGUGGGUGGAGCCCUCAGUGGUGACAGCUGAUCUGCACGCCCGCUAUGGCUCGCCUACCUACUUCUACGCCUUCUACCAUCACUGCCAGAGCCUCAUGAAGCCUGCUUGGUCAGACGCAGCUCAUGGGGAUGAAGUACCCUACGUUUUCGGUGUCCCUAUGGUAGGCCCCACUGACCUUUUCCCCUGCAACUUCUCCAAGAAUGACGUUAUGCUCAGUGCUGUCGUCAUGACCUACUGGACCAACUUUGCCAAGACCGGGGAUCCCAACAAGCCGGUCCCCCAGGACACCAAGUUCAUUCACACCAAGGCCAACCGCUUUGAGGAAGUGGCCUGGUCCAAAUACAAUCCCCGAGACCAGCUCUACCUUCACAUCGGCCUGAAGCCAAGGGUCCGCGAUCAUUACCGUGCCACAAAGGUGGCCUUUUGGAAACACCUGGUGCCCCACCUAUACAACCUGCAUGACAUGUUCCACUACACGUCCACAACCACCAAAGUGCCACCCCCGGAUACCACCCACAGCUCCCACAUCACCCGCAGGCCCAAUGGCAAGACCUGGAGCACCAAACGACCAGCCAUCUCACCUGCCUACAGCAAUGAGAAUGCCCAAGGGUCCUGGAACGGGGACCAGGAUGCAGGGCCGCUCCUGGUGGAGAACCCUCGUGACUACUCCACUGAAUUAAGCGUCACCAUCGCCGUGGGGGCCUCCCUCCUCUUCCUUAAUGUCCUGGCCUUCGCUGCCCUCUACUAUCGGAAGGACAAGCGGCGUCAGGAGCCCCUGCGGCAGCCCAGCCCUCAGAGGGGAGCCGGGGCUCCUGAAUUGGGAGCUGCUCCGGAGGAGGAGCUGGCAGCACUGCAGCUGGGCCCCACCCACCAUGAGUGUGAGGCGGGUCCCCCCCAUGACACCCUGCGCCUCACUGCACUGCCCGACUACACGCUGACCCUGCGGCGCUCCCCUGAUGACAUCCCACUCAUGACCCCCAACACUAUCACUAUGAUCCCCAACUCCCUGGUGGGGCUGCAGACAUUGCACCCCUAUAACACCUUUGCCGCAGGGUUCAACAGUACCGGGCUGCCCCACUCACACUCCACCACCCGGGUAUAGCUGCAGCCCAGAGCACAGCAUAUAUCCCGGCUCUGUCCCUCCCGGAUCCACGAACACACACACACACACACACACACACACACACACACAUACACACACACACACACACAGACAUAUAUGUAUACGCACGCACCCACACCCGACAGCAGACCCACCUGCACAAACAUAGACAGAUGUGGGCAUGCACCCGCAUGUGCAACAACACAAAUAAGGAAGUAAACCUGAACAAACCCUUCAAGUGGGGACGCAAACAAGUCCUUGGGGAACUGAGGACCCGUGGAACAGCAGCUGAAGCCGGCUCCCCGAGCCUGACCACAGACACUACUGGGGAGCCUGAAGCACCAGCUGGACACCCCCUUGGUGCUCGCCUUCCACCUCUCUUGGAUGUGCACCACCGACCAACUCCAGACUUGGGAGCUUUAAAGAGCAGAGUAGCUCUUUCUCCCCCAGACUUGGUCUUUUUUCUGGGUCUUGUUUUUGUUGAUUUUUAAAAAAAAUUUUGGAACAAAUGCUUCUCCAACCGAUGGGUGCAAAGAAGCUCCGGAAGGGAGGGCUCCAGGCCCAGGUCUCUCUGGCUCUGGAACUCCCAGUGCUCACACAAUCCGACCAAGGAACAUGGCCCCCAAGAAACAGGUUCCAGCAAAACCAUGGGGAGAAGGAGGAAGGGGCUCUCACUGGAUGGGGUUGGAGGGCCUUAGGGGGCAACUUGCCAGCCACCUCUGUAUCUCUGCGGAGGGCUGCAGAGACCACAGGGUGACCUGCGUCCCCCAGAGGCCAGGAGCAUCGGCCUAGCUAGACCAGGCAGGGGACUGCAAAUUUGGUGAAGGAGGUUUUGUGGAGGCCAUGUGAUUAUCGGUGCCCUGGGUACAAUCUGGGUUCUGCCUCUGCCCUUGGGGUAAUGCUAUCAGAAGUUCGCCCCAUUUUCUUUACAGAGUCUCUUUUGUGUCUGUCAUUUCUCUUUCAAAAAGGUGGUGUUUUUUGUUGUUGUUGGCUUUUUUUUUUUUUUAAAGAAAAGUUCUUAAAACACUAACGGAAACCCACGGAGUUUGUCCUUUGUAAAAAUUUUAAACACAGUGUCUUGAUAUAAAAAUAAAAAAUCCAGUUAGCACUCCCAACCUGCCUCCCUUGCACAGGCCUUGCCCAACAGACCUCCUGGCAGGGCGCCUCCCUCUGCAUCCUGUGCCUUUAAGCUGAUACAAGUCUGGGCAGCACACUACCGGCCCCCUUCACGAAGGCCUCUCCAAUCUUAAUCAGGUUGCAGUCCCCACCCCCCUACCCCCCCCCCCCACGCUCUGGGUUCCUGCAGCUGAAGCCUUCUCUCAGCACCUCGGGCCUCCUAAUGAAACAUCAAAAAAAAACACUUCCUUCUUCACUGCACCACUCUGCUGACGCCGCCACCACCCGCCGCUGCCUCUGCCACUGCCACCAUUGCCACCACCCUGCCCUCGUCCUGGACUGGGGGCUGGGAGGAGGUCUGCCCUCUAACGUGCUGAAAUUCUUUUUCGUGUCUGAAUCCAGUGCAGCAUCAGAUAUGUGGACUCCCUGGCCUUGGGUGACUGACAGAGCAGGGGCCCUCUCCUCCCCAGAGAUACUGGUUUCCUGGUCUAUGAAUUAAAAUUGGAGAGGUCACUGGGGCUCUUGGAGCAUUCCUCUCCAGGAUGGUGAUCAGUGGCUCCCUGUCAACCCUGGGGGACAGAUUCAAUGGGCUCCACAGAGUUAGCAUUAUGGUAUCGUAUUAUUCUCAGUGACUUGAAGGACUGAACCAGGAGUCUGCUCAUCAAGUGUGACAGUUGGGUGGGGUUGCUGACACCUCAGAAACCAGGAAUAGAAUUCUUCAAAGUGACCCUGACAAAAUGAGGGAGAUGAACCAACACAACAGGAUGAUGUUCAGAGGGGACAAACACAAGGCAGUACAAAGACCAAAAUCGAGGACUAGUAUACUAAUAUGGUACGUGGGGACAAGAGAGAUGGGCAAUGAUUGACUUGACCCAGGUUAGUUAAAAAAGAAAAAAAGAACUGGGGGGAGGCUGGCAGGGUGGGUCACGAGUUGAAUGAGUCUGAGUCCGUAGUGUAGAACUGGUUUUCUCUUCCCUCCCUGCUCCCUCCCACCCUCUUCUUUCUCUUCCUCCCUCCCUCACUCCCUUCCUUCCUUCUUUCCAAAACUAACUCAAAUAUAGCAUAUCAUUGGGGCUUCCCUGGUGGCGCAGUGGUUGAGAGUCCACCUGCUCAUGCAGGGGACACGGGUUCGUGCCCCGGUCCGGGAAGAUCCCACAUGCUGCGGAGCGGCUGGGCCUGUGAGCCAUGGCCGCUGAGCCUGCACGUCCGGAGCCUGUGCUCUGCAACGGGAGAGGCCACAACAGUGAGAGGCCCGCGUACUGCAAAAUAAAUAAAUAAAUAAAUACUAGCAUAUCAUAACAAAAAUUUAGGAUGGAAUCCCUGGGAAGUAAUCAGAAUCCGAAUUUUUAGAAUUAGAAGUAACCUCAGAGUCAUGUAGUCCAACCCACUUAUUUUAUAAUUGGGUAAAUGGGCUCAGAAAAGCACAAUGUCACAGUGUUAGAAACAGAUCUAGAAUGCAGUCCAGUAACAUAUGACCUUUCUCAUGCUCCUCAACUUUCUCCACUCUACCUAGUAUUGGUUAGGCCUUUGAAAACAGUCGUGGGUCUGCCCUUGGUCAACACAUUUUCAGCAUAUGUAGAAAAGCUGCAGAGGGUCUGGAGAAGAGCAAAAACAAUGUGCCAAAGGACUAGGGUUUUUUUUUUUUAAUUUAGAAAGGAAGAAGCUGAUGAAGUAACAUUCAAUAAUUGUAGAGCACCUACUAUAUGACAAGUGUGCUAUACCAUCUUCAAAAAUGUAACUCUUAAAUAAGGACAGAGCUGGUGAUCUGUUCUCCAUUUCUUCUGAGACAGAUAGAGGGGAAAAGAUUGUUAAACACACGGCAAAACUUUGCUGUAGAUAGGAGCUGAUCAUGGCACGUAGUAAGUCCUCAAUAAUAAUUGCCAAAUUGAGUGAAUGACUAAGGGAAGCCAUGGUGCUCACCUUCCUGAAGGCGGAGAGGGCUGGGUUACGUGACCAUUUUAGAUCAAUUCAGAGUCUUUGUUGUCAUGAUCCUUUCAUUGCUCCAUGUCAGAUAUUACCAAAUUGGGCCUCCUCUUAUGGGGGGUGUGUGUGUACCUCCAAAUUAGGAGGCUUUCUAGUUGGGAAGAUUUAGACAUUGCUUCUCCUCUAAGAACUCAAGGUGCCAUAGCAAACCCAGCUCCAAUCCUAUUUGGGACCCAUCAGUGAGAGAUUACAGUUGGUCUUCACACCUUCAAAAGGUCUGAGUGACCUCCAAGGCAGGCAGGGUUUCAGUCUAAUUGACAGUCAGUGCUGUCCUGGGGUGCCUUGAGUGUUCUUGGCCCCCUUGUUGACCGCCAGCCCUGAGCCCAGCUAAGAAAGCCCAGGUUCUUGUUGAAAGGGCUGAGGGUAUAGUUAGAUUUGAUUUCACACUGCAAAAAACAUUAGUGCCUAGACCAGGUCCAGCCUGCAUCCCUAGAUUUAUCUAGUUUCUAUAUUAGUCCUUUGAGGAGCUGGACACAGCUAUCUUGGGAUCUGAACUUGUGGUAUGUGUGAAGGGCCAGAGGUUGGUCACUGUGGAAAAUCUCUGUAGGAAGUGAAGAUGGUUAUCAGGACUGUAGGCCAGGCCCUGUGCUGGUUUAUAUACCAUGAGGGAUAAAACAUACCCCUUUUGGUGUGCAUACUGUCAGGAAGACAAAACUGAACUAUGAUCAAAUGAGUGACAUGCAUAAUCUCUGUGACUUCAAUUGUAUGAUAAAGGUUAAAGGAGUUACAGAAAUUGCAAGAAAGGCUAUGAUGAGAUCUGGGUAGAUGGGUGGAAUAGUGGGCAUUCCAAAUUGGGAGAAAGUCCUCAGCCAGAGCAUGGAGAUAAGGUCUAGAUGUGCUUGAGGAGCAGUGAGGGAACUGACUUGACCGAAGUAGAGGGUUCAAGUUAAACGGUGGGAAAUCAGAUUGGAAAGGUAGGUUGUGGAGGCCUUCAUAACAGCUGAGGAGUUUGGGUGUUACCAGAUGAGUGAUGGGGCGCCCUUUUUCAUUUGCUAAUGGUUUUACAGAGAGGAAUCAAAACCUCCUAGGCAACCUUUGUGUUCCUUCUCUUCUGCAAAGAGAAGGAUUUUCAGAGUCAAAGGGACAAAGUGAGCCCCAGAGAGAGGCUCCUCAAGGCAGUCUAGUCCCAGAGAGCCUUUAGCUGCUCUGAGCAACUCCAUCUCAUAGUUUAGGUCAAUAACAGCCCAGGGUAUUAUGAUGACCUGCAGCUCAAGUUGCAGGACAACUGGUGAUGUCUUUGAAAACCCCAUGGAGGGUGAAAGGGAUGCACACUGCUGUGGUGUCACUGAGAUCAACGAGUUAAAUAUUGAUUGAAGGCAAGAUUCGAGAACAAAUGAUUAAAAGGAGGAUUGGUGAGCACUUACAAAAGGAAGAGAAGAUCACUCAGCCUCUGCAUGGAUUCAGGAAAAACAAGUCAUUCCCCACUCAAGCUCAUUUCCUUUGAUAGGGUGACUCGAUGGGCAGAUGAGGAGAAUGCUACCCCUACAAUGUAUUUGGAGUUCAAUAAAACGUUCUCUCACCAUACUCUUGGGACAAUAUAAAGAAAUGUGGGGAUUCUAAGCGAUUCUUAAGCAGUUGAACGACCACACACAAAAGGGUUCUUUCUGUUUUAAUGUCACUAGAUCAAAUUUGAAAAUUACGCAUAGCUGGGAGAGAGAGCCAAAAUGUGAGAUGACAGAAAAAGAAUUCGUAGAGCUGUCAAGAGGCUGGUAUGAUAUAUACCAGUCAUGAGGCUGGACUCACUAUAGCAAAAUCAAAGUUUACAGGGACAAAUAUGAAGUCACCUAUUUGAAUUCCAAAAUGUAACAGUACAACCGUAGGAAGUGAGAGACGUUGCUUAGAGGGUUUUAGAAUAAAUGAAAACUCUUCAUGAUCCAUGAGUCAAAAGCACGGUUUGGUUGUUACAAAAAGUAUUGUGGGGACUUCCCUGGUGGUCCAGCGGUUAAGACUUCGCCUUCCAAUACAGGGAGUGCAGGUUCGAUCCCUGGUCGGGAAGCUAAGAUCCCACAUGCCUCGCGGCCAAAAAACCAAAAAACAGAAGCAAUAUUGUAACAAAUUCAAUAAAGACUUUAAAAAAAAUGGUUCACAUCAAAAAAACAAAUCUUUAAAAAAAAAAAAGUAUUGUGACCUUGGG